UCGAGGAAACCCAGCGACACCUCCGGUAAAGUAAUUAACGGUUCAGGACAGCUGUACAUCGACAAUCGCUUUAAGUUAAUUCAAGGAAUAAGUGAGUAAAGAGGAAUAAGGCUAAAAACGCUGGAAUCGACGAAAUUCAGGACAAACAUGAGUCGUAACUGGGCCUACAGCCAGCAGCAGAGGUUAAUGGCUCAACGCCAGAGGCAAGAGCAGCAGAGACAGCAUGAGGCCAGCCGUGUGGACAGAGAGAGGCAGCUGCAGGCCAGUCUGCGGGACGAGGAGAGCUUUGAGAGGAGGAGACACCUGCGACAGAUGCAGGAGGAGCUCAAGGAGAGGCAAAUGGAAAGCUCUCUGCUAAAGGCAGAGGAGGAGAGAAUAAACAGGGAAAAACAACUUGAACAAGAGGAGAGAAUGGCUAAAGAGUUGGCCCGCAUAGACUAUGAGAAGCAAAGAGAAGAGAAAAUAAGGCAACAUAUCAAAGAGAACAGCAUUGAGCUUCGAGAAUUGGAGUCAAAACUGAAAUCUGCAUAUCUGAACAAGGAAAGAGCUGCACAGAUUGCUGAGCAGGAAGCUAUGAGGUUUGAGACAAUGCGUGAGGAGGCAGACUUUGCUCGCAAGAUGAAGAGCGAACGCGAGCAAGCAGCCGUUGAGCAGCAGAAGCUGGAGCAGAAACGCCACGAGGAGCUUGUGCAGUAUCAGAGGGAGCUGGAGCAGCAGCUCAUGGAGAAGGAGCGCAAAAGACAAGAGGCAUACGAGGAGUUCCUCAAAGAGAAGCUCAUGGUGGACGAGAUUGUCAGGAAGAUUUACGAGGAGAAUCAAAUGGAGCAACAGCUGAAACUGGAGAAGGUCAGAGCCACUAAGCAGCACAUUGAAGAAUUCAAGAGACAGCAGACUGAGUGGAGACGCAUGGAGCAAGAAAGGAUGGAGGCCGAAAACAGACGUAUCAUGGAGUUUGCGACCCAUCAGCAGCACAUGGAGGAGAGCAGAAUGGCUAAGAUCAGAGAGAGGGAAGAGGCCAAAGACCAUCUUCAUAAAAUACUGUCUAAGAAGAUUGAAGAGGAGAGGCAGCAGCGUGAAGAGAUGGAGCGAGUCCGUGAAGAACUUUGUUUAGAAGAACAAGAAGAGGCUAACAGGCAGAGAGAUAUUGAAGCGAUGGAGAAGAAAAUCAGACAGAGGCUGAUGAUGCAGCAGACCUGCCAGGAGCAGAUGGCUUUCAAAGAGAUGCAGAGGCAGGCAGAGAAAGAGGAGGAGGAGGCCUUCAGGAAAAUAAUGAUGGCUAAGUUUGCAGAGGACGAUCGGAUAGAGCAGAUGAAUGCUCAAAAACGACGCAUGAAGCAACUUGAGCACAAACGCGAGGUGGAGAAACUGAUAGAGGACAGGAGACGGCAGCGUGAGGCUGACAUGGAACUGGAGGCUAAAGAAAGAGCGAUUGAGCAGGAGAGGGAGGCACUGCGUAGACAGAUAAUUGAAGAAGAGAGGCAGCAACUUCUUAAACGUCAUGCAACAAAACUUCUUGGAUACUUACCGCGGGGCUUGCUCCGUGAAGAUGACCUGGAGCACUUUGAUGAAGACUUCAGAAAGAACUUUAAAGCACGUCCGUCCGUCUUCUCUGACGAUGGCUGGGACGGUGAUGAUUAAACUUUGUUCUUCCAGCGUGCCACUA